AUGUAUAACGUUUAUCGUAACAAAGUUAGAAAACUAUGUAAAUCUGCUCGUCAGUCCUACUACGAUAAGAAAAUCCUUAAUACCAGUGAAUAUAACCCAAAAAAAUUGUACGAUAACAUCAAGUCUAUUUCUGGUGUAUCUAAAUCGGAACCUUUUUCGAGCAUCUUCCAUGAUGGUGAGUUCAAAAGAGGUCCUGAGCUUGCUGAACUAAUUGCCGAAUCUUUCUGUGCUGUUUCAAACGAAUUGGCCCCACUCUGCUUCAAUAAGCUUCACAUUACAUCUGUUCCUGAUGAGUACAUAAUAUCAACCCAACAAGUUGAAAUCGAAUUGGAAAAGAUCAGUCUUCAGAAAGCAAUUGGCCCCGACGAUAUCCCCAACUGGGUACUGAAAUCAGCUGCACCGUUGCUCGCUGGUCCAAUAUGUUCCAUCUUCAAUGCCAGCAUUGCACAAGGUUGCAUCCCGACACUCUGGAAAUCAGCAGACGUUAUCCCAGCGCCAAAAAUAUCUAAUCCCAAAUCAGUUGAUAGCGACCUAAGACCUAUUUCUCUCACACCG